AUGUCAUCAUCUGGGAAUGGACUCGAUCAGAUACCAACAUCAACUACUGGUUCAUCGACGGCAACAUCAAAUAAUCCAGUAAAUAAUAAUAAUACGAAUUCAAAUAACAAUUCGAAUGGAAAUAAUAAUAAUAAUCCAACAUUUCAAUCUGGUCGAAAUAGUUCAGAUAACAUGGGACAUACAUUCGAAAAUCCCAUGCAAAUGUUUACAAUGAAACAACAACCAAUGACAUCUCCAAUUACAGGAACGAUUUAUACAGGUCCACCAGCGAAGUAUUUAAGCAACGGUGGAAUGAAUAGUAAUGGUUAUGCAUCAGCUGGAUCAAUGAGACCAAUGUUACUGCCACAACAGCAGCAACAUCAAAACAGAUAUGGUACACACAAUGGAAAUAAUAACAAUAAUGGUUCAUCAAUGCAACAACAACAGCGUCGACAGAACAAUGGAGGAGUUGAUAAUGCGACCAAUGAUUCGGUUAACACACGAAAAGUUUUUGUUGGUGGACUUAGUCCAGAUACAAAAAUGGAGCAUCUUUGCGAAUAUUUUGCUAAAUUUGGUAAUGUGGAAAGUGCUACUGUUAAAUUCGAUAAAUCAGGUCGUUCAAAAGGGUUCGGCUUUGUUCUAUUCGAGGAUCGCGAUUCUACAGAUAAGGUAUACUCUCAAGAUUCACAUAUUAUACAAGGCAAACGUGUUGAUACCAAGUCGGCACAUCGUCGGGAUCAAGCACUGGCACGUAAAGUAUUCGUUGGUGGUUUAGAUGUUGAAGUAACCGAUACUGAAUUACGUGAUUAUUUUUCGAAAUUUGGAAAGAUUGCUCAAAUCGAAGCACCUGUUGAUAAAAUCAAACAAAAACGACGUCCGUUUUGUUUCGUUCUUUUCGAAAAUGAAGAAAGUGCCGAGGAAGUUCUUCAACAACCACGCCAUACAAUCAAUGGCAAAUCUAUUGAUUGUAAACGAGCAAAUCCAAAGAGUACAGAGAACAAUCAGCAAAAUAACAACACAAAUCAUUCUAUGCAAGCACCAAUGCCGCAUUAUAACAUGCCUGGAUUAAAUCAAACUCCAUUUCAGUAUCCACAACAACAACGCUCACAACAAGCAUCAUCUCAUCAACAAUUGCAAUAUCAGCAAGCAGCACUAGCUGCGCAACAACAGCACUAUCCAUUUUACAAUUCAUCAUCGAUGGGUAUGUCGUCUGCUCAACAACAUCCGUCAACCAAUCAGCAAGGACAAAAUCGUUCGCAAUCCAAUCGACAACAAUUACCAAGUAACAAUCAAGGCCUUCCUCAACCGUGGUCACCAAUAAGUCCAGCUCAAUGGCCGAAUACCAAUUAUGAUCCUCGCUCCUAUGGAUCUUACGGUCCAUCAUCAGCAUCUGGUUCAAAUCCUGCUUGGCAGGUUGGUCCACCACCUCCACAAGCCAAUUCUUAUGGACAAGGACGAACACCCUCGAAUGGUCCAUCAGGCAACCCUGGAAAUGCAGCUGUAGGUCCUCCACAAGCUCAGCCUCAAUUUGGCGGAGCAAAUUCAAAUUCUCCUCAAUAUUCUUAUGCCAGUUGGGGUUUUGGUCAACCACAAGGUUCACAAGGACCACCUUCUGCUGGACCACCACCAAAUCAAUAUAAUUACGGCGCUGAAUCAACAAAUGGACCACCUAAUGCGUUUGCAUAUCCAGCACCAACAGCUUACGAUCACUUCUCCUCUGAUUCAGCACCUCCAUCCACUUAUAGUCGUUGA